CUUAUCAGACGCGCGCGUUCGAUCUAUUUCAAAUAUGGAAUUCGGGAACGAAAUCCAAUCAGAAGCCGCGGAAAAUUCGAAUUUGGAAUCGAAUGUCAAAACGCCGGAAUUCAAAUCCAACGAUACGUUACCGGCAAAUGAAACGCGUUCGAAUUUCAAAAAUGCAACGCCGGAAAAUCGAAUUCGCGAAAAUUUCGAAUGAUUGUUGUAAAAUUCUGAAUUCAUGUGAAUGUGUAUUUUUUUUUUCAGCGAAUGGUUUGAUGGUGCACUAUUUGUAGUUGUCACCCAGAGGCGUAGAUCAAUUAACCGGAUCAACAAAUCACACGCAUCGCGUCACAAUCGCUUCAAGGGACUCAAAGUCAUCAACUUCAAGUUCACCAACAAAGUUCUCCAGAACGAAGUCGAGGAUGCAAUCCUGAGUAUACAUAUCCAGGAGUUAGAAGCUAGAAAUAAUAUUACCUUAAUUGAAGACCACUUCACAGUUAACAUACAAGUUAACAGAAUAACCAGAAACAGUCAAGGGAAUAAAGCGUCUGUGCCAUACGCAGAGAGUGCUGUGAAGUUGUCUAGUAAAGACUUGAAGGACGGGAAAUGGGUUAAGGUUAACGUAACGAAUAUGGUUGCGGAGUUCUUCAGGUUGCCGAGAGAGAACUUGGCGAUAGUAGUGAGAGUACAAGACUCGAGGAAUAGGUUGAGCUUAGUGGUACCCCAUCCGAGCUCAGAAUCAAAUAAUGCUUUGAUGCCAUACGUAGAAGUAAGUCUAAGAGAUAAUUCGCACAAAAGAACGCGGCGGAUGAUCGGUAUGGAUUGUACCGAGAACUCGAAAGAGGUUCGGUGUUGCAGAUACCCUUUGUCUGUGAACUUCGAGGAGUUCGGUUGGGACUGGAUCAUCGCACCGAAGCAGUACGAUGCUAACUACUGCAGCGGCGAAUGUCCUUACAGCUUCCUGCAAAAGUACCCUCAUACUCACUUAGUCCACUUAGCAGCUCCUCAGGGAAGCGGAGGACCUUGUUGUGCUCCAAGAAGGAUGAGCAGCAUAUCCAUGCUCUACUUCGAUCACGAUCUUAACAUCAUCUACGGAACCAUACCUGGCAUGGUCGUCGAGAGCUGCGGAUGCUCAUAGCAAUCGCCGGUUUCCAGCUCCAGUUUUCUCUUUUCCUCUAUUUGGACUUUUGAAGAUCUGAUUCUCAUUUCUGAUCCUGUGGUUUAUUUCUUCGUAUUCAAAUUAAAUGGGGCUUUAAGUGUUGUGUUUGUCUCAAUUGUGAUAGAUUCGGUUGAAGACUGCGAACCCUUGUGCUGUGUGCCGUGAGUGUGACAAUGUACAUUAUUUUAUACUUUAGUAGUUUUAAAUUCAUUUCAUACUUCAUGGUUUUAGAUUUAUCCCAGUUUUGCUAGCUAGCAUUUAGUGCUAAAUGUUUGUUUUGCUCUAAAACUUGGUUUAAAUCUAAAAUUUCAAUAACAUGUAACGUUAUAAAAUCUACUUAUAUAUAAUUUUUAAUGUCAGUGUAUACGUGUGGUCGAAUAAUUAUUUAUAUAGCUUCUAUGUACUUUUUAGAAUACCUACUUUAGAAUGUUACGUCGUAUAUGUUGUAUUUAGUUUUGAAUCCUUUUAGUCUAUACAAUUAUUUAUAAUAUUUUAUGAGCUCUGAACCGCGUUUUCGUUACAUUUCUUUUUCAAUGGCAUUUAUUUUCAAAAUUAGAUCUUAAAAAUUAGUGUGUAAGGUAAUUUUCAAUUGUAAGUAGCUAAAAAUGUACCACAGGCACAAUAUUUGUAAUUUUAUGAUUUCCUCAUAUUUCCAAUGACUACACGACUUUAAUUUAAUCAUUAAUUAAUCAUAAGAUUAUUGAAAUUGUUGACGAUUGGUGCUUAUUACCAGAUAAAGACUAAUUGUUUGAAUUUUGAUUGAGAUGCUUUUUGGAGUUUAAAUAAAAGCAAUUCUUUAAUCAAAAGGGUGUUGAACUGCCAAGAAAAUAACAAUAGAAAUGUAAAUCAAAGGCAUACAAUGGACCUUUAUUAAUGUUUUGAGCCUGCCCUUGGAUGGAGAGGUUUUUGAACUGAUACAAUAUUGUUAUUGUUUGCAAAAAAGGUCAACGUGUAUUUAACAGAACUUUUGAUUUUAUCUUAAUCUAGUCCUAAACGUUGACAUGGAUGGUUUUUUGUUAAAUAACGUCACAAGUACUAAUGCGUCUUUGUUACAAUAAUAUUUUAUAAAAAAUCCAGUCUUCGGCUCGUAUCUACGAUUUAAAAUUAAAUUAAGAUUCAAACUGUCGAAAGAGAUGCAGUAAGUAAUAAAGUUUUAGCACUUAAUAAUAAAUGUGACGUUAUUGUAUCGAAAUAUGCAUUUAAAUAUUAUUUUAAUGGCAGAAUUUAAAUAUUAUUAAAAUAUUGUGUCUGUAACGAAUACUAUAAAACUUAGUAUCUCCAAUAACUGUUUUCAUGCUAGUUAGGUCAAUUUAGAAAAUUUAAGUGCCUAACGUUUUUCGUUUUUCUACGAAAUUUACCAUAAAAUUGUAAUUUUAAGUAGAUAGGUAGUCUAUGUAAUUUCAAUGUAUUUUUCCUAAAUAAUAACGUACUUGUGAAUUUUCUUUUGACAUUGUUUAGAUCUCGUUCAAAAUUAUAUUUUUUUAUAAAAUUAAAUGGAUUAUACUAGGUUUAGCGGGUGGUGCUUAAAUGUAGGGAUUUUAAAGCUAAUUUUUAUAAACCAUUCAUGGCCUGCCCAUUUUUAUUAAAGAAACGUAUUAUGUCGAAGGAUAAGAUGGAGGUUUUUUUUUUAGAUAUUUUCGUUUGUAAGUGUUAGAAAAAGUGUCGGAAGUAAAGUUUUCAAAAUUAGAUCUCAUUUUGGGGCAACUAUUUGAUUGUAAGUGUGCCUUCAAAGAUCUCCCGUUUGUUUUUGAGUUAUAUUUUGGAUUGCGAUAUAAAUAAAUGUUUCUAUACAAACAUUUUAGUGUUAAGUUGUACUGUUAUCUGUCUGCCGUAACUUGAUGAAUAUUGUCAAAAUUUAAGUAACAGUCUUGUGUCAUAAGAUUUAUGAAAUAAAUUUUCA